GGGAUGGAAGCGGCGGUGGAGCCCAGCAGGGACGCGCGGGGGCGUGCGGCGAGUCCUCCACGCGGCCGCGGGGAGAAGAGCCCGCCGGACAGGAAAGUUUACAUGGACUAUAAUGCAACCACCCCCCUUGAGCCAGAAGUCAUCCAGGCCAUGACCGAGGCCAUGAGGGAAGCCUGGGGAAAUCCCAGCAGUCCUUACCCAGCAGGUCGGAAGGCCAAGGACAUUAUUGACACAGCUCGGGAGAAUGUCGCGAAGAUGAUAUGUGGGAAACCUCAGGACAUUAUCUUCACUUCCGGGGGCACUGAGUCAAACAACUUAGUAAUUCAUUCCGUGGUGAAACAUUUCCACCAAACCCGUCCCUCCAAGGGGAGCCCGGCCGAGCUGUGCAGCCCGCUGGAUGGGGCCACGCCCCACCUUAUCACCUGCACCGUGGAACACGACUCCAUCCGUCUGCCCCUGGAGCACCUGGUGGAAGAACGGGUGGCCGCGGUCACCUUUGUGCCAGUAUCCAAGGUGAACGGGCAGGUGGAGGUUGAGGACAUCCUGGCUGCUGUCUGCCCGGCCACGUGCCUCGUGACUAUCAUGCUGGCCAAUAACGAGACUGGGGUCAUCAUGCCCAUCUCUGAAAUCAGUCAGCGAAUUAAAGCCCUGAACCAGAAGCGGGCAGCUUCCAGGCUGCCGGUCAUUCUGCUACACACAGAUGCGGCACAGGCCCUGGGGAAACGGCGCGUGGAUGUGGAGGACCUGGGCGUGGACUUCCUGACCAUCGUUGGGCACAAGUUCUAUGGUCCCAGGAUUGGAGCACUUUACGUCCGAGGGCUUGGUGAACUUACCCCUCUGUACCCUAUGCUGUUUGGAGGUGGACAAGAACGGAAUUUCAGGCCAGGGACCGAGAACACGCCGAUGAUUGCCGGCCUUGGGAAGGCCGCUGAGCUGGUGACCAGGAAUUGCGAGGCUUAUGAGGCCCACAUGAGGGACGUUCGUGACUACCUGGAGGAGCGGCUGGAGGCUGAAUUUGAUAAGCAGAGAAUCCAUCUGAACAGCCAGUUUCCAGGGACCGAGCGACUCCCCAACACAUGCAACUUUUCUAUCCAGGGACCCCAGCUCCAAGGCCACGCGGUGCUGGCGCGGUGCAGGGCGCUGCUGGCUAGCGUGGGGGCUGCGUGCCACUCGGACCGCGCGGAUCGGCCAUCCCCGGUGCUGCUGAGCUGUGGCAUUCCCUUCGACGUGGCCAGGAACGCACUCCGGCUCAGCGUGGGCCGCAGCACCACCAGGGCCGAGGUGGACCUCAUCGUGCAGGACCUGAAGCAGGCCGUGGCCCAGCUGGAGGGCCAGGCCUAG